AUGGAUUUGAUGGUUGGUCCGUGGGGCCGAUGCAUGGGAGAUGAAUGCGGUCUAGGAGGCAUCCAAACCAGGGCGGUGUGGUGCGCGCACGCGGAGGGCUGGACGACGUUGCACACCAACUGCAAGCAGGCCGAAAGACCCAACAACCAGCAAAAUUGUUUCAAAGUUUGUGACUGGCACAAAGAGUUGUACGACUGGAGGCUGGGACCCUGGAAUCAGUGUCAGCCCGUGAUUUCAAGAAGCCUGGAGAAACCCCUUGAGUGCACUAAGGGGGAAGAAGGCAUUCAGGUGAGAGAGAUAACGUGCGUCCAGAAGGACAAAGACAUUCCCGCGGAGGACAUCAUCUGUGAGUACUUCGAGCCCAAGCCUCUCCUGGAGCAGGCGUGCCUCAUCCCUUGCCAGCAAGACUGCAUCGUGUCUGAGUUUUCCGCCUGGUCCGAAUGCUCCAAGACCUGCGGCAGCGGGCUCCAGCACCGGACCCGCCACGUCGUGGCGCCGCCGCGGUUCGGAGGCUCCGGCUGUCCGAACCUGACGGAGUUUCAGGUGUGCCAGUCCGGGCCGUGCGAAGCGGAGGAGCUCAUGUACAGCUUGCACGUGGGGCCCUGGAGCACGUGUUCAGUGCCCCACUCGCGACAAGUCAGGCAAGCGAGGAGGCGUGGGAAGAAUAAAGAACGGGACAAAGAGCGAGGCAAAGGAGUAAAGGAUCCGGAGGCCCGUGAACUUAUUAAGAAAAAGAGAAACAGAAACAGACAGAACCGACAAGAGAACAAAUACUGGGACAUCCAGAUUGGGUAUCAGACGCGAGAGGUUACGUGUACUAACAAGACGGGGAAAGCUGCUGAUUUGAGCUUUUGCCAGCAAGAGAAGCUGCCAAUGACCUUCCAGUCCUGUGUGAUCACCAAAGAGUGCCAGGUUUCUGAAUGGUCAGAAUGGAGCCCGUGCUCAAAAACGUGUCAUGAUACAGCGUCCCCUACAGGCACUCGUGUAAGGACACGUACCAUCAGGCAGUUUCCUAUUGGUGGUGAAAAGGAGUGUCCAGAACUUGAGGAAAAAGAACCCUGUUUGUCUCAAGGAGAUGGAGUUGCCCCCUCCUCAAAACCAGUGGACUUGAAAUUAUGCACUGGCCCUCUCCCUAAUACUACACAGCUGUGCCACAUUCCUUGUCCAAUUGAAUGUGAAGUUUCACCUUGGUCAGCUUGGGGACCUUGUACUUAUGAAAACUGUAAUGACCAGCAAGGCAAAAAAGGCUUCAAACUGAGGAAGCGGCGUAUUACCAAUGAGCCCACUGGAGGCUCUGGGGGGACUGGAAACUGCCCUCACUUACUGGAAGCCAUUCCCUGUGAAGAGCCGUCCUGCUAUGACUGGAAAGCAGUGAGGCUCGGAGACUGUGAACCAGAUAAUGGAAAGGAGUGUGGUCCAGGCACACAAGUUCAAGAGGUUGUGUGCAUCAACAGUGAUGGAGAAGAAGUUGACAGACAGCUGUGCAGAGAUGCCAUCUUCCCCAUCCCUGUGGCCUGCGAUGCCCCAUGCCCAAAGGACUGUGUGCUCAGCACGUGGUCUACAUGGUCCUCCUGCUCGCACACCUGCUCGGGGAAAACCACAGAAGGAAAACAGAUACGCGCACGGUCCAUUCUAGCCUAUGCAGAUGAAGAAGGUGGAGUUCGCUGUCCGAAUAGUAGUGCUUUGCAAGAGGUGCGCAGCUGUAAUGAGCAUCCUUGUACUGUGUACCACUGGCAAACUGGUCCCUGGGGCCAGUGUAUUGAGGACACCUCAGUAUCGUCCUUCAACACAACUACAACUUGGAAUGGGGAGGCUUCCUGCUCCAUCGGCAUGCAGACAAGGAAAGUCAUCUGUGUGCGAGUCAAUGUGGGCCAAGUGGGACCCAAAAAUUAUAGAUGGAAGACUCACAAAUGGCGCAGAUGCCAAUUAGUUCCGUGGAGCGUGCAACAGGACAGCCCUGGAGCACAGGAAGGCUGUGGGCCUGGACGACAGGCAAGAGCCAUUACUUGUCGCAAGCAAGAUGGAGGCCAGGCUGGCAUUCAUGAGUGCCUCCAGUAUGCAGGCCCUGUGCCAGCACUUACCCAAGCCUGCCAGAUCCCCUGCCAAGACGACUGUCAAUUGACCAGCUGGUCCAAGUUUUCUUCAUGCAAUGGAGACUGUGGUGCAGUUAGGACCAGAAAGCGCACUAUUGUUGGUUACAUUGAAGAGGCCUGCAUCAUCCCCUGCCCCUCAGACUGCAAGCUCAGCGAGUGGUCCAACUGGUCGCGCUGCAGUAAGUCCUGUGGGAGCGGCGUGAAGGUUCGCUCUAAAUGGCUGCGGGAAAAACCGUAUAAUGGAGGAAGGCCUUGCCCCAAACUGGAUCAUGUCAACCAGGUGUAUGAGGUCGUCCCAUGCCACAGUGACUGCAAUCAGUACAUAUGGGUCACGGAGCCCUGGAGCGUCUGCAAGGUGACCUUUGUGAAUAUGCGGGAUAACUGUGGAGAGGGCGUGCAAACCAGAAAAGUGAGGUGCAUGCAGAAUACAGCAGAUGGCCCUUCUGAACAUGUAGAGGAUUACCUCUGUGACCCAGAAGAGAUGCCCCUGGGCUCUAGAGAGUGCAAAUUACCAUGUCCUGAGGACUGUGUGAUAUCUGAAUGGGGUCCAUGGACUCGAUGUGCUUUGCCUUGCAAUCAAAGCAGUUUCCGGCAAAGGUCAGCUGACCCCAUCAGACAACCUGCUGAUGAAGGACGAUCCUGCCCUGAUGCUGUGGAGAAGGAACCCUGUAACCUGAACAAAAACUGCUACCACUAUGAUUAUAAUGUAACAGACUGGAGUACAUGUCAGCUGAGUGAGAAGGCAGUUUGUGGAAAUGGCAUUAAAACAAGAAUGUUGGAUUGUGUUCGAAGUGAUGGCAAGUCGGUUGACCUGAAAUACUGUGAAGAGCUUGGCCUGGAGAAGAACUGGCAGAUGAACACGUCCUGCGUGGUGGAAUGCCCUGUGAACUGUCAGCUUUCUGAUUGGUCUCUUUGGUCAGAAUGUUCUCAAACAUGUGGCCUCACAGGAAAAAUGAUCCGAAGACGAACAGUGACCCAGCCCUUUCAGGGUGAUGGAAGACCGUGCCCUUCCCUGAUGGACCAGUCCAAACCUUGCCCAGUGAAGCCCUGUUAUCGGUGGCAAUAUGGGCAGUGGUCUCCGUGCCAAGUGCAGGAGGCCCAGUGUGGGGAAGGGACCAGAACAAGGAACAUAUCUUGUGUAGUGAGUGAUGGGUCAGCGGAUGAUUUCAGAAAAGUGGUGGAUGAGGAAUUUUGUGCUGACAUUGAACCCAUUAUAGAUGGUAAUAGAAACAUGGUUGUGGAGGAAACCUGCACCCAGCCUUGCCCAGGUGACUGUUAUUUGAAGGACUGGUCUUCGUGGAGCCUGUGUCAGCUGACUUGUGUGAACGGUGAAGAUCUAGGCUUUGGUGGAAUACAGGUCCGAUCCAGAGCAGUGAUUAUACAAGAACUAGAGAAUCAACAUUUGUGCCCAGAGCAAAUGUUAGAAACAAAAUCAUGUGAUGAUGGACAGUGUUAUGAGUAUAAGUGGAUGGCCAGUGCUUGGAAGGGCUCUUCCCGAACAGUCUGGUGUCAAAGGUCAGAUGGUGUAAAUGUAACAGGGGGCUGCUUGGUGUUGAGCCAGCCUGACACUGACAGGUCUUGUAACCCACCGUGUAGUCAACCCCACUCGUACUGUAGCGAGACAAAAACAUGCCAUUGUGAAGAAGGGUACACUGAAGUCAUGUCUUCUAACAGCACACUUGAACAAUGCACACUUAUCCCUGUGGUGGUGAUACCCACCGUGGAGGACAGAAGAGGAGAUGUGAAAACCAGUCGAGCAGUACAUCCAACCCAACCCUCCAGUAACCCAGCAGGACGGGGAAGGACCUGGUUUCUACAGCCAUUUGGGCCAGAUGGGAGACUAAAGACCUGGGUUUAUGGUGUAGCAGCUGGGGCAUUUGUGUUACUCAUCUUUAUCGUCUCCAUGAUUUAUCUAGCUUGCAAAAAGCCAAAGAAACCCCAAAGAAGGCAAAACAACCGACUGAAACCUUUAACCUUAGCCUAUGAUGGAGAUGCAGACAUGUAA